AGGAAAAGUAGGAAAAAUCAGCCACUCUUCCUCCCAUUUUGUCGCUGCUUGUGUAUAAAAGAGUCACCGUUGAUGGUCGUUUUCGUUGCUCAUAUUGUUGUUGCUGUCGCUGCCUGGCCUUGAGAGCGCUGCAACUGCUCCAUGCACAUCACUGCACACCCUCACACAUACUACUUCUCAAUCAUCACUCCCCCUCAUCCUCACUUGCACCGCCCCGUCUUCUCACCGCUAAUGCCUUACACCCCACCUCCCACACACCUCACGCUGCUCUCCGCCACUGACACACUACAUGCACUGACGCACAAAUGCACACAUGAGUUGCAACUUAAAGGACGCAUCAGGCGAGGCUGUGACAGAAGUUGUUGUCCCUUGGCAGUAGUGGCUGGGCUGCUUCACACACCGCUCACACGCCGCGUCAAGACAGUCCUAUGGUCGUCCACGGCUGCCGUGCCUUGCGACAACCUGUAUUUCACCUUCGUGGCGUGCGAGGCAGGGUCACGUGGCCACAUAUCUAUAAGUUCCCAAGGAAAUGAGAAAAAUCUGAGGAAGGAGACCAGUGGACGUUGCAACGCUGACUGAACUGAGCCUACUUGCAACAGUGACGACGAACACUAGGGUCCGGUUGGCCUUUAGAGUGGCGGGUUACCAACAGACGGUGUGAGGCCACCACCACCGUCAGUACGUACCUCCCGGGGCCACGGCCGCACCCAGCCUACCUAGCAGCUCCGCCAGGCUAUAUCUGUGGUUCCCCGCAAGUGUUGCCUGUUUGGUGAACCCCCCUCCCUCCCCCAUGGGAGGAGUUCCUCCCACCCUGCAGUUCACCUUCCUCCCACACAGGCCACAGCUGCACGGAACAUCAGUCCGUGUCAGUGGGUCAGCUGAAGGGGAGUGACAGAAGGUCUAUGGCCACCAGACGUAUGCUGCCCUCUUACCUUUCAUGGACUGAACCCUGUGACACGCCUCAUAACGAUCUGGAUUACAAAGUUACAUUAGUUUUACCAUCGCUAGCUAUCACAAGAACCACCAUAGUCCACCUCAGCCUGGUACAGCUUGAGGCAACGGAAGCAAAUAUCUAACUUAAUGAGCCACACUGGGAACUUGCAAAUGGUCAACAGCCUUUCCCAUCCUGGCCCCAGACCCGCCGCCGCCACUCCUCCAGCUCCUCCACUCCUCUGAUACAAGCACAGACUCCUCCACUUCCUUCACCACUCUGCUCACCCACCAACGCCCUCUGUACUCCCAACACUACAUCGCUCAUACCUGCACACUCUGCCAUCCGCCUCCCCCCACCUUCCGCUGACCAGACAGCACCUAUAGGUUUUCCUGGCCCGUGCACCACAGCGGCGGCGGCGGUGGUGGCGGUGACGAUGACGGGAACGGCAGCGGCCAGCCUCAGCCCCAAGCAUUCACUUUCAGUCUUACUCUUCCCUGCAGGCCACAAGCAACUCCUUCACGUCUGACACACAGAAGGAGCCGCUAACCUUCUUUUUGCGUUUUGCUGGUGACAACUAGCUGUGGUAGUGGUGACGCUGGUGGCGAUGGUGAUGUAGGUGUGUUUUCUUAUAAAGUGUGACGCUCAAAUGGUGACAGCAGUGGUGUCGCGUUGUGCCUGGUGGUGACGGUGAGUGAAUUAAAUGCCUCACAUCGCACAUGUCCAAGAUGUGGUGCAGCACCAGCAAGGUCGUGUAGUCAGUGAGAGCGGUGACCUUUGCCGUGGGUGGACCGGGAGGGGACGGGAGGUGGCGGUGCGACUUACAGCAGGACGUGCCAUUUGCAGGACUCCUCAAGACGGUGGCAGUGCGUGACUACACCAAUGAGUGGCGUCAACUUUACGAUGCGCCAGUGUGUAAAUUAACAUUUGUUUAUUUUUUAUUUGACAUUAAUCUAAUUAGCGUCACGUCCCCGCCAUUCGCUGGUCAUUUACAUCAAUUGCCAGUGGGGAAAAAAAUCGCAAAAAUAAGACAAGUGUAGGCAGUACUCGCGAGAGAGAAAGCCUAAAUGUGAUUUCCCUGAAAGUGUAUUAUGGCGAGGCGGAGCAACAACAAUGCCGUAAACGUCGUGGCUGCGAGGCACUUGCAUCACCCAUGAGCGCCGUGCAGCAGCCAGCUUGAGAACAACACGUGCACUACAUUUGGUCGGCCGGGAGAGAGUUGUGUCAGCCCCAUAGCCUGAGGAGGGGCGGCCCCUCCCUCCAAUGGAGCCGUACAGCCCCCUCAGCGUCCUGGUGGACACUGACAACGUGCUGUACUUGCUGGUGGGCGAGCCUACCGAGGUGAGUACGUAUGACGCUCAUCCACCCAACUCGCACCUGUGCUGUCUGGCCAGGUGACGCAGGAACCACUCGGCUGUGCAAUUAGGAAGUUUCUUCUAUUACACUACUUUGUCUGUGUUUAAAAGUUGAUGGAAAAGAUUUACUUACAGUUAACGGCUGAAGGUGACGGCCACCCCUCUCCCUCUCUCACACACACACGUGACACAGUUAACCUAGUAUGACGGGAGGGGUGUUUACGUGAGUCUUUGUUGGUAACGCUAUUCUCGUUUCGCACUAUUGUCAUCUUCCUGUGCCGCCCUUCCUCGUUCUCUUAACAGCCCUUCUCCUCGCUCUGUAUUCCUUUCAAUCCCCCCAUCUUCGCCUGAGGAAGUCGGUAUUUACUGUUACACAUGCUUGGCGCCGAGUGUGGCCCGCCGAGGGCCUGUCACUAUGGUUACCAGUCAAAACAUCACGUUCUCUGAAGCACCUGUAGUCGUGCCGGAGCCGAGUGUGUGUACGGACAAGUGCCUUUUCUCUGUCUUUCCCUUCCUCUCCUCCCUUCCCCUUCCACGUGACUUGUUUCCCCUCCAGCAGGAAAUACGUGCCCAGUGAAACUAUAUAAGGAGAAAAAGAAACAUUCGCGUGGUAGCUGAUAAGGUGACUCAUUCGUUGCUCACUCCGUAAUAUUUAUGAGCUGAUCGUCAUGAGUUCCACCUCCACUUCCCAACUGUCCAGCCGCGAACCCAAGACUGUGGUGGUGCCCGUGGAGGUGCAGGACACGCUAGAGGACGGAGUAGGAGUGGUGGAGCCAGUGUCGACCGGCAGUAGUAAGCUCGCCUCACAGCUCCACCUCCAGUGCGAGGCCUCCACCAGCGCGCCGUCUCAAGAGUUAGCCGAGCUCCUGCAGCGGCCCCACCUGCUGGCACUGUUGGAAACCCAUGACACGAUAGCUGAGCGGAGACACGCGGGCGACAACACCACCAACGGAGUCAGCGGUUGUCACAACAACAUCACCUUCAUGCCGGAGGAAAAUGGCCACCCGGUGGACACCAUCCGGAUGGUGGGCCUCCGGAAGAAACCGGACGAGCCUCUUGGCCUCACGGUGCGGGAGGACGAGUCGGGCUACCUUAUCAUCGCCAGGAUAAUGUCAGGUGGCUCCAUCGACAGGCAAGGCCUCCUCCACGUGGGCGAUGCUAUCUGUGAGGUUAAUGGCGUGGAGGUCGAGACUCUUAACGCCCUGCACGAGGAGGUAGCCAAGUGUCGGGACUCCGUGACUCUGAAGGUGAUCCCGGCGCUGCACGACCCACCGGCUGCUAACCAGGUAACCAGCAGCCUGCACCCAGACUCCACAAAAACCAUAUGCUACAUGCGAGCCCUGUACUCCUACGACCCCGCUGAGGAUAGUCUGCUGCCUACCUGCCCAACACAGACCGAGGCGGAGAUCGGACUUAAGUUCAACAAGGGGGACAUUUUGCAGAUCGUGGACCAGUCAGACCCAAACUGGUGGCAGGCACAGGUGGUGGGGGGGCGCGGCCGACGAACAGGCCUCAUCCCCUCCCAGGAGCUGGAGGAGCGACGCAAGGCCUUUGUGCGGCAGGAGUACGACUACGUGCAUAAAAUUGGCAUCUGUGGAACCAGGAUCUCCAAACGUAAGAAGAAAUUGAUGUUUUCGACCAAAAAGAGCAUGGACUUCGACCAGGCUGAACUGAUCCUGUACGAGGAAGUGGCGCGCAUGCCCCCCUUCAUGAGGAAGACCCUCGUUUUGGUCGGCACCCACGGCGUUGGUAGAAGGACCUUGAAGAGCCGCAUCAUCGCCGAAGACCCGUCUAAGUUUGGCACAAUCAUCCCUCACACCUCGAGGCCGAUGCGGGAGCUGGAAGAGGACGGCAAGGCAUACCACUUCACGACGCGCGAGGCCAUGGAGGCGGACAUUCGUAACCACCGCUACCUGGAGUACGGCGAGCUGAACGGCAACCUGUACGGCACCAAGCUAGACUCCAUCCUCUCCAUCAUUCGCUCCGGCAAGAUGUGCGUGCUCGACUGCUCUCCUUCGUCCCUCAAGUACCUGCGCAGUUCGAGUGAGAUGCUUCCUUAUGUGAUCUUCCUCGCGGCGCCCGGGAUGGAUGAGAUCAAGAACCUGUACAACAUUGGCAGCGCCUUCGGGUACUCCAGCCGCAACCUGACCUUUGACCGCAGCAGCUCCAUUCGGUAUAGCUCCAGAAGGGCCAGGACACUUGAAUCUCUGGCUUCUCUCUACGAGGAGGACGACUUCAAGCGCACCAUGGAAGACAGUGCCAAGCUGCAGCGCGCUUACGAUAAGUACUUCGACUUGGUCAUCGUCAACAACGACCUUAACGACACCCUCAACCAGAUCGUGGAGGCUGUGAACCGUCUGGCAGCGGAGCCCCAGUGGGUUCCCGUCACGUGGGUGUACUAAGGCGCCCAUCUUUUCCCUACCACGACCCCUAGAACCCCCUGCAAUGUCCCCAGCUAUUCCGACAGUCCGGUAGACCUCUCCGUAUUAGGUAGCAAGUCCCCACAUCUUUGUAGUAAGUCCUGACAACCUCACAGCAGUCCCCAGGUCAUCAAAAUAUGUCCCCAAAGAUCAAUAACUCCAGAAACUACCUCCAUGUUCUAGCGAUUCCCAAUAUCUCACAUCCAGUCUUCAGUUGCUGAUUCUCAAGUCUCCUUCCCGAUCCCCCUAGCCAUCCAGUCUCGUCCAGUUUUGCCCCGCCCUGUACCUUGUAGCUCCAGCUUCCCAUACCGCCCCUGGAAAGUGCGCUGUGUUGAUGCCUUUUCCCUGUACAUACCACACUGUGUUUGCGGCGCGGGAAGGAAGCGUUGUAGGAUGGAUCGUGAAUGCGAGAUUACAAGAAAAGUAUCUGUAUAUAAAGUACUGUUCCCUGACCUCCCCUUGUGAUACGCGAGAUAGUGAGCUUAAGCAGGAAUGUCAAAAAGUAAACAAAAAGUGUUCUUCAAUUUCUUCACGUUCUUUGUAGAAAGUGAGUACGUGUGUGUGUGUGUGUUUCACUGUUUGAUCUGCUGCAGUCUCUGACGAGACAGCCAGACGUUACCGUACGGAACGAGCUCAGAGCUCAUUAUUUCCGAUCUUCGGAUAGGCCUGAGACCAGGCACACACCAUAGUGUGUGUGUGUGUGUGUGUGUGUGUGUGUGUGUGUGUGUGUGUGUGUGUGUGUGUAUGUGUGUAUGUGUGCUAUUUAAUAAAGAAGCGGAGACCGAUCGACCUCCGAGAAGCGUCAUUCCGGUAACUUGUCACGUUUUAUUUCGGUAUCACUGCGAUGCUUUGGUCUUCACUCGGUAGGUUACCACAUAAGUACGUAUUCUGCAGUAUUAAUCAAAGUUAUUAUUUUCUGCUGACGUGUGCAAGUGUGUGUUGUGGAACGUUGUAUAGUGAUUACUGAACACUGCUCGUGACGGCGAAACACGACCCAUAUUGCAAUUCAUUCCCCGCCUCACUUCCUCAUCACCUGAAAAUAUUUCUUGGGUGUGAGAAUGAGAUUAGUAAAAGACUCCUUCAUCCGUUCUGAAAAGAGGCCUCCAAUGAAAAAACAAAAAAUAAAAAGAAUAAUAAAUAAAAAAAACAAGAUUCAAAUAUUAUAGUAAUGUGAAAAUGAGGUUGGCAAAGAACUGUUACAAACGCUGCCUCCAAAAAAGGGAAAAACAUUAAGAAAAUCCAAUAUUCAGAUGGCAGAAAUAUGUAAGUAAAACUGGCAUAUAAUUCUCAAAUCGUCGUUCCUCAGAGUUGAAAGAAAAGAAAAAAAAGAAAGAAAAGAAAAGUUGUGAUUAAAAUUCUAGUAAUGCGAACAGAAGGCUGGCAAAAAGUUGCUAUAAAUGUCAUUCCUUAAAGAAAAGUGAAAGAAACAACAAAUAAAGAAAAAAAUGAUUAAUUAAAGUGCUUGAAAUUUGAAAAAAGUGUCAAACAGGACUCUUAUAAACGCUUCCAAUCAAAAAGUAAACUUGAAAACAAGCAAAGAAAAAAAAUGUAACAGUAAUACCAGUGACAAGGAUACGGCAUGUCCUGCAUCAGAAGACGCACUCAGACAAUUCACUUAUAAUAAUGUCAGACUUUGAGACGAAUGACUGAGAUGUCUGAGCUUAAACCCGCCAUCAGACAACGCACCUUUUGAAUCAGGACACCUCAUGGUCAUCAGCUGUGCACUCGAGGAGGAUGAGACGUAAGCUUUCACCGUAGCUUUCACGCUCGUAUUCACAAAACAUUUAAUCUUCUUACCUCGACUACUUCUAACAGGCUCCAGACGAGGUUACUGAAAUUUUCAAUUGUGAUAUUUGUACUCUUAGUAAUAAUGCAACAGUUAUUCUCCAUUAUCAGUAAGAAAACACCAGUAAGAACCUGAUCGAUCAUAUUCGUGGCCUUUAAAUACAGUCCUGGUAAGAGGGCAAAACGUUUAAAAACACGGGCUUUAAUACGAUCAAUGUGAGAUGAUCAAUGGCUAGUUAACAUCACCGUCAUCAUGCUAUCUAGCACACUGCAGCUAAAAUGUGUGACGUACAGCAUAGAUGUUUGACGAUAGUGGCCGGCACACAUUGUUUGACUUUACAACGAGGCAUUAAGGACGUCAUCUGACGCUGACCAGAGUUACGAAAGAGCGCCACUCUUCCUGGAAACCUCCGUGAGCCAGGAUUGAACUGGUAACCUUUAGGUCGCCACCAUACAGACACAAGCCGGACACUCACUGUUGGUGGCUCAAUGAUGGAAGAAGUUUGACCAAAGAAAUAUUUAUCCCGAGAACGCUACAUGCUUGUUGUAAAAGAUGCCAAGGGGCACAUGACGCCUGUCACAGUGAGAGAGAGAGAGAGAGAGAGAGAGAGAGAGAGAGAGAGAGAGAGAGAGAGAGAGAGAGAGAGAGAGAGAGAGAAUCUCGCGUUCCAGUCUUUGGCACAUGCUCAAGGUUUUGCUGGAGUACGGGGCACGAGAAGAACGUGAUGUGACAUGUCUAUACACUUGUUUGACACGAUGGAGUCUAAGAGAUUACGAAUGUGAAGGAGUGACUAGUAUUUAUUGAGAUCAACAGUAUUUAAGUGUAUAUCUUGAAACAAAAAGAAUAUAUAUAUAUAAAAUAAGUGCAAAUGUUUAAACCACAUGAAACGUUUACGAAUUACAUUAAAUGGUCACAAAACAGAACGUUUCUUAAGGUCACAACAUUAAAAAAAGGAAGAGGGAAGAACCCAUGGUAUACAGAACGACAAUAAUAACGAUUCCAGGUCAC